AUGUGUUGUGGUACUGACCUUUGUUGUUUCUUUGGAUGCAGAUCUUCUGCGGAAAAGGUAGAUAAACCAGAGGGAUAUCCUGAGCCUCCAAAGAAGUUCUUAUGCCCUUACUGUGGAUACUUAACUGAUUCAGAAUAUAGGCACGAUAAAUACUCAUUCUGUAUAUGCUUUAUCCCAUGUAUUCCGUGGGGAAACAGCUAUCCAUAUCUUUCUUGUAGCCAUUGUAAAAGAAAUCUAGGAAGCAUUGGAGAUUACAGAUGCCAAAAGUGUGGUGUAGCUACGACAUUCGAAUCAAGUAAUUGCCCCAACUGCGGAGAAGAGAAGGGCCAUUCUGGUGGAAGCGGAGGAUAUAGGAGGUUAGAUAUGAGUUAA